AUGGCGGAUGAAGUCCUCCAUCUCGCCGUCGGGAAGGAAACCUCCGCCGCUGUCUGGACCGCUAUCACCACGGCGCUUGGUUCCUCGAGUCAGGCGCGCUGCCUCAGCUUGUUGGGGCAGUUCCAGGUGUUACGGCAAGGUCACUCCUCCACCGCCGAGUAUCUCGGUCGCGCACAGCUGCUCGUGGAAGCUCUAGCCCAGGCCGGCCGGCCGUUAUCUCUAACUGAGCAGAAUCUCUAUGUUUUCAGGGGUUUGAGGCCGGAGCUUAAGGCCAUGGCGGUUUCCCUCAUCGCUUCGGGCUCUCCAGUCACGUUGGCACAUCUCUUCGAUCAUCUCCAAGCCCACGAGUUCAUACUCGUGGACGAUUACCCUGCAGCGAACGAGACCGGCAACCUUACGGCCAUGUACGCCAGUUCCGGGCGUGGGCAGCAAUCCGGCGGUGGUGGCAGGCAGCCGCAUAAUCCGCAAGGCAGAGGUGGACGUGGCAACCGUGGCGGGCAAAACCGUGGCGGGCGUGGUGGUCGUGGCGCACCUCGUUGUCAGAUUUGCAGAUCACACGGCCACACAGCAGUAUACUGCUUCAAGCGAUACAAUACGCAGCCACUUGCGCAGGCCCACGUUGCGCUCUCCGGCGACGCUCCGUCACUACCGUCCACAGCCGCACCGUCCGAGGCGUGGUAUCCAGAAAUGGGAGCGACUGCCCAUGCGACUCCGGAUGCCGGGAUGAUGAGUCACUCGGACGAGUACACCGGUUCAGACAUCUUGCGUGUUGGUAAUGGCGCAGGACAUAUAUCUGCUGAGACGUCUCUCCCAGCUCUGCCUUGGGCUUCGGGUCCUGUAGUCUCAACUACUACCCCACCAGUGGCACCUAGUGAGGUCCCACGUCAUAUUGAGCCAGAACCCGUGCCGUUGGCACAAGAGCCACCUGCACUGGCUAUCACUCAUACAGCACCGGCCAAGACCCGCAGAAAAAGGGUUGUGCCGUAG